ACGCGACCCGGUUAGUAGUCCCGUUCUCGUUCCACGCGGUAGUGCAUCGUGCUUCGGCUAGGUUGUCGUGGCAGGUUCCCCCACUAGGCGGCUGCACGAACGGUCUAAGGGGAAGGGAGGAGGAGCCCCUGCACCGUCUCAGUCUUCGCGUCGCUGCCCUCCAGCAUUCACGCCUCCCGCGUCCGUUCGGCGGCGCAGGCACACUCCGUUCCGUCUGUACACACGCACACGCGGCCGCCCCCCGUCUUCACGUAGACGCGCGCGUACACACGCCCUGAAUCCGGACGAGGACUUUAGCACACCAACACCUCCGCGGGAGGUGUGGGGGUGAGCCCCCAGAGGAGGUGUCAAUCCUAGCGCUGCUCAGUGACCAUCGCGGCGCCACCCAAGUAACACCUUUCGUCCGCUCUCCAGCCCCGACCGAGGCGACCAGCGCGCACAGCACCCGAUCACCGUGUCUCGUUUAGAGAGCCCUCUCUCUUCUCUCUUCGCCUUUUUGUCUCUCUUGCCUUACGUUUUCGCGUAAGGAUAUCGGAAGCUAGUCCGAACUGUCCUCGUCCCCGGCCUGUGUCGUCCGGCCGUCGGACGCUGCUCCGACCCGACUCGUUCGUGUCGUUCCGCUCUUCCCGGCACUGUUCGCGAAGACAACGACGAGAAGCAGGUUUCCACCCUAUUGGUCGCGUGCUCGCGUCGCGUCUCGCCGUGUCUGUCUCGCCUCGUUCGAACGCGGUUGAUAUUCGUGUCGAGGAAGUGAGUGCUCUGCGGAACUGGCCUCGAGUGGACAUCGGUGGACGACACAGUGAGUCAGUGAACAGUGAACGACACAAGGAUUUAACACGUCCUCGACGUGCACGUAUAGUGGUACUUGUCCGAGCAAUCGGUGUUCUGGCUUACGGUGUGACUCUGUCUAAGCGCCACCGCCGAUUCUACAGGAAGAUCUUUCCUCGGGUGAAUCGAGAAAGUGUGCUUCGUCGUGUUUCUUUGAGAUCCCCGGAUACAAAGUUCCACAGACAGCACGGGACUUGACAGCACGUCUUGGAGAAAUUUUUUGGUGGUGGAUCGAAGCCUUGGCGGCGCUUCGAAGAUAACGAGGAAUCGCGAGAACGCGCAAGGUCCACGAGACGUACGAUGUCGAGAGGACGACUCGCGACGGACUUUGUGGGGAGCUCGCAGCGGGCGCGACGACAACGCAGCGAGGACCUCGGCCUACGCUCCUGAACACCUCGAACACGUUGCUCCUAAACCCUCGACAAACUCGAGCAUGCCGAAGAAUCGACCACCAGAGACAUACACGACGGUCGACAACGUGGCAUCGCGAGGUUCAGUGAAAUCCACCCGCAACCAAGUGUAAAACCAAUCGCCAAGAUUUUCCACCAACAUUGCCAAGUGUAUCUGUGUUAUUGUGCGUGUUUGAAAUCCGAUUGUUUAAGUGUAAAAUCCGAGAUCGAUACAAACGUCAGAAAUAAGAAAAAGAAAGGAAGGAAGAGUAUAAAAAGACGCCGUUCUCCGGUUUGAGUCACUCGAAGAGGAAUCUCGCGCGACUCGGCAGACCCGCCCGUCUCGAUGAGAUUCGAACAAGACACAGCGUGCAGGGGUACCCACUGCGCCAGCACUCCGCAACCCUCCGCGCUACAGCAGCGAUCACGGCUCGAGGAGGUGGUGGAGGAGGAGGUGGACUCCUCCGCGAAGGACAUCGAGGGUCAACGACGUAGACGCAGAGAAUUGGAGGCUAACGUGGUCGAGGGUGCAAACACGGGGCCGAGGGCCGAGGCGGGGGGGCCUGGGAUGGCGUACCCCGCGUCAGCGACGGCUCUGAAUCAGCACUCGGCCUUCGCGACCUCGAUCGCUGGCACGCCGUCCAGCAACCCGAACGGACACAUAUCCGGCGGCCACCUGCCGGCGCCGGCCGCCCCGCGACCGACGGACUUCAGCGUCUCGUCGUUGUUGACCGCUGCGACGACACAUCCGCCGAUUUUGGGUGGCUCGUCGUCCCAGGGAAGCGCGUCACCGCCACCCGGAGGACCGGGAAGCCCGGCCGCCGCGCCGGAAACGCCGCCCCCGUUGCCAAGCCAGAGGGAAUUGUCGCAUCCGUCCUCGGCGGUGGCAGCGGCCAGCUACUUCAGCGCUGCCGCCCUGGCCGCCGCUGGAUUCUACAAUCCGGCGGCGCAUCUGCCAGCCACGAGUUCGCCUGGACCGACGGCGCAUCAUCUACAGGGAAAAGGGAUCCUCAGCAGCCCGCAUCAUCAUCCGCAUCUCAAUCCUCACGGCAUCACGCCGCCAGGUUUAGGCUUAGGCCCACAUACGCCCGAAGAAGCAGCUGUCCUGGCGGCCGCGGCGGCAGCGUUGCACCACCAUCAUCAGGGUGGUCCUGGUGGGCCUGCGAUGAGGCCACUCAGGCCUCCCUUACCCCCGGGGAUGUUGCACACCUCGCCACACCCUCUGGCACCGCAUCACCCCCUCGCAGGGCCUCACCAUCCCCUCGUACCUCCUCAUCAUCCUGAGGAAGACGGUGUCGUGGAUGAUCCUAAGGUAACCCUCGAGGGCAAGGAACUCUGGGAAAAAUUCCAUAAACUCGGCACGGAAAUGGUCAUCACCAAAAGCGGCCGGCAGAUGUUCCCUCAGAUGAAGUUCCGAGUUUCCGGAUUGGACGCGAAGGCCAAAUACAUCCUCCUGCUGGACAUCGUCGCAGCGGACGACUACAGAUACAAGUUCCACAACAGCAGGUGGAUGGUAGCGGGAAAGGCAGACCCGGAAAUGCCGAAGAGGAUGUACAUCCAUCCUGAUUCGCCGAGUAGCGGUGAGCAGUGGAUGCAGAAGGUGGUGAGCUUCCACAAGCUCAAACUCACUAACAACAUCAGCGACAAGCACGGCUUUGUAAGUACUACGAUAUUGAACUCGAUGCACAAGUACCAGCCGAGGUUUCACCUGGUGCGGGCCAACGACAUCCUGAAGCUUCCCUACUCGACGUUCAGGAGUUACGUUUUCAAGGAGACGGAGUUUAUCGCGGUGACCGCCUAUCAGAACGAGAAGAUCACCCAGCUGAAGAUCGACAAUAACCCGUUCGCGAAGGGAUUUCGGGACACGGGGGCGGGGAAGCGCGAGAAAAAAAGGCAGGCGCUGUUGACAGUGUCAGGAGGCGGUUCCCGUCUAACAGCAGGUGGGCCAGCAUCCCCCGAGAAGCGUCGUUCUUCCAAUUCGGUUAACGACCUCUUAGAUGACGAGGACAAACUUCUAGACGUCGUGGGACCCGAUACACCCCAUCCAGCGCAUCAUCAACGCGAGCGCGAACACUCUCGCGAGAGGGACGAUCGAACAAGCGAAAGAGGGGAGGGUAGCGAGUCAUCGGGUUCCGAGAGCGGCGGUGGACCAGGCCCAACGGGUUCAGAAGGGCCUCGACCGGACGUAUCGGUUGGUCCACCGCUUCAUCCGCCCCUGUUACCGUACCUCUAUCCACCGGUACCUGGGUUAUACCCAGGACCAGGGCCUCUAAUACCACCCAGUCCCCUGGGAAUCCAUGGUGGAGUCACUCCAGGCAUGUUGUUCAACGCGCAACUGGCUUUAGCUGCGUCCCAGCACCCAGCCUUGUUCGCUCACUAUCCUCACCCCCUGGCCAGUCCUCUACAUCAACUAAAAGGACAUCGAUUCGCGCCGUAUACCUUACCAGCACCGUCACACGGAUCCGCGUUCGAAACUGUCACCCCUGGUAGUAGGACACUCAGCCCAAGGUCUCCACCUCCAAGGCCUCCAACUAGCUCUCCCACACCAACGGCUGGCCUAACGUCGGGCGGCAGUUCAGCGGGUGAACUAAAAUCCAUAGAGAACAUGGUGAACGGCUUACAAGAGAAAAGGAGGCGUAGCCCUAGUCUAACACCCGGUGGACACAGGGGGGACGCGGACGCUGGCGGAGGGAGUCCGUGACAGGAGAACGAGCCCGUGACCAGCACGAACGACGACCCCGAUGACGAGCAGUUGGCCGAACCUUGCGAGCCUGAAGAGCUAUCCGGCGACGAGAGGGAGCCGGACUCAACCUCCGAGCCGUCGUAGCAGGGGAGAAGGUCGUCGGUCUCUGACAUCCUCCGUGCCCCGAUCCGGGUCGGUCCAUGGCGAGCCGGGCCCCGGGCACCUGGACGAGGGACGCUCGACAUAACGAAGUGCAAUUUUAGCCUGAGGACUGGCCGUGUGUUCGCCGGGCUCGAUCUUCCGGGACACCACGCCGUUUUCCUGCGAGUGUGUACAUAAAAUGGCCGGGAUGAAUCGCGCGGGGCCCGGCUUCUCCGCGCGUUGGACACUGCUUCAAGACUCUACGACCGUUGCUGGUGUACAUUUCUGUUUACGGGGCACGAAAGGGUGGGACGAGCGUGGUUCAAUGGGGCUGAGACCUUGCUACAUGGACGUGAGAGUUGUUUCGGGGCACAAUUUCAAGAGGAACUCUUCGAAUCACUUAGAGUGUGAGAAAACACUUUCGGGAUAUCCAAUUAUCUUGAACGAUUAGCUUCUUGACAAAGCCAUGAAAUGGCUUUCUCUGGUUGAUGGUCCUGGAACGCUUGGAAACGAGUUCGUGCAGUAUAGAUACAUUUGGCUAUUGCUCGGAUCGAUUGUUUAGACACUGAGUUCGUGUGAAAGAUUCGAAGUACAAAAUUCUGAAAUUCCAAGCUUUCAAUGAUCGUCAAUUUUAUAGUGGUUGAUCUUUUGGGGGUUUCAAGAGAUGUCACGCUCGAAGUGUUUCGGAAAGUAACUAGAAAGCCAUGAAUGUGUUUCGCGAGGAUGGAAAGAUUAACGAAUAGCGUGGCUAGCGACAGUGGUUGCGUUCUACCCGCGUGCGUUUUAGGUGUAAGCGAGAGGGAGACAUUGCAAUACGAGAGCACCUCCUACUAUUUGCAGCCCCUGUACAUAUGUACCCUAGUGAUAUUAUAUUAUACUAUAUAUAUAUAUAUUAUAUAUAUAUAAAUAACUACUCUCUCUCUGUAUUAAUUAUUGAAUAUAAUAUUAUAUUAAUUAUUAGAGAGACGUGAACGAAGCAUAAACGCACGCUACCCGAUCACGCCUCGACGCCCUCGGAAGUAGCGAAGAAAACGAAACAAACAAACAAACCAUACAGAAAGUGGUGAAGAUGUGCAACAAACGAACGAUAUAAUUCGAGAAUAGAAAAAGAUUCGACUCGCUAUUCGGCCGCGAAAAUCGCGUCGACGCGUGUUUUAGAUGAUCAAAAGUAAAAAACCGAAUGAUCGAUCGUCGUUCUUCGAUUCGGUGCCUGCAUAGAGGGCACAACCGUCACCAACCUCGUUUCAUGAACGUUUCCAAGCCGAAUCGAAACGACACUGAAAGAUUUCUCUCGAGGCGUUCAUCCACCCCAUCUCGACGUCGUUGCUUCGAAAAUGGAACACCACUCGCCCUUCCCAACCCUUGCGUCCCUCCUGUUUGUAUAAACGUUAGCGAUCGAUGUAGAUUAAUCGCGGGAAUUGUCGUAGAACAUCGAGCAAUCAGUUUCUCGAAAAUAAAAAUACCCAAGAACGAUAUAAAAAAAAAAAAAAAAGAGAAGAAGAAAUUCAGGACCUGUGUUGUUUCUGGAAGAUAAAAAUGCUCGCAACAACAUCAAUUUCGUGCGUCUUCGUAAGUAACCCUUUGGUCGGUAACAUUUUUGAAUUCUGGUGAUUAUUUCGACCAGAUUAAUAUCGUACUGGAUGAAAAUUGAUAGAACUGCUUGGUUGUAGGAAGGGUGAUAGUACUGGUGGAUGUCUUAUCGGGGGUUGGAGUGCAAUUUGCGUUCUCGGAGCUCGUUUUCGUCAAUCGAUGUAUGUGUAAAUGUAAAAUUACUUUCUUCCAUGCCGAUAAAGAGCUCCUCUCCUUAUUCCUUCGUUCUUUUCCUCACUUUUUCUUUUUUAAUGAGAAUGUAGCAACGGGACGGAUUGUAGUAUACGAUAUAAAAUUUUGUUGCUGUUACCGUGUAAAAAUGUGAAGUUUUGUAAUUAGUUCCGUUUAAUCCGCCUCUAGUGAUUAACGUUAUAGUUUGUUCGAGUUUUGCGAACUGUGGUUAACGGUAGUCGAAAUAUUAUUCCUAUGUAAAUGUCGUGUUCUGUAACACCACGCAAUGUUGCGAUUGUAUAAAAUACUGAACUACAGCUGUGGUGAAUCUGAUGCGUCGCUAGAAUUAUUUUUCGAAAGGUCCUUCUUAAUUUUUUUUUUGUUUUUUUUUUAAUUCUAU